AUGGAGGACCACGUGUCCGGGGUGAAGUCUUGUUUCUCCAGCCCCGUCUACAUCCGCUACUGGCAGCACUAUGAGCAGGCCAUGGGCUGGUACCAGAGACACCGAAGAGCCUACAACAAAGCCCUGCAGGCGGCUUACGGGCCAGCCUUCUACCCCCAGCACCACGACAGCACUCAGAGGUACAGGGACUGGGAGGAAGAGGAACAGAGCCAAGAUGAAGAUGAAGAGGAGGAGGAUGAAGAGGAGAGCAGCUCAGACAGCGACAUCGAGUGUGAUGUCAGUAACAUGGAGAUCAGUGAGGAGCUGCGGGAGUAUUUCGCUCAAACAGAGAAGCACAGAGAGGAGCUCAGGAUACAGCAGGAGAUGGAGCAGCAGCAGGACGACUAUGUGCCCGCUGACCAGGACCUGCACCACUACAGGAGCACUGUGGCCCCUCCCACUGAGCGGCCGGGCGAGAGACGCACCGCGGAGAUGAAGAAACUGUACGGGAAAGACUGCUCCAAGAUCAUGGCUAUGGAGGCCGCCAUGCAGCUCAGCUUUGACCGGAACUGUGACCGAAAGCAGCCCAAGUACUGGCCUGUUAUCCCUCUGAAACUCUGA